AUGUCAUCAUCAGCGAUUACAACCUCUCAAAUAUUUGCUGCCCAACAAGUGAUUCUUUAUGGUGGUAUAUCAAUUCUCAUUACUGGUGUCAUUGGUGGAUUUCUUAAUAUCAUUGUUUUUCUUAGUCUUCAAACAUUUCGACAAAAUUCAUGUGCAUUCUAUUUAACUAUCAUGUCUAUUGUUAAUAUUGGACAAUUACUUACUGGUUUAUUAUCUCGUAUUACAAUUACUGGUUUUUCUAUUGAUUGGACUCAAAUAUCUUUAUUCUAUUGUAAAUUUCGAUAUUUUAUUUUUCAAACUUGUGCAUUAUUAUCAUUUACAUGUAUUUGUUUGGCAACAAUUGAUCAAUAUUUUGCAACUUGUUUUCGUCCUUAUUGGCAACAAUUUUGUAAUAUUAAAUUAAGUCAUCGGAUAAUAAUAGUAUUCAUGUUCUUUUGGAUGAUACAUGGAAUUCCAUAUUUGAUAUUUUAUAAUCAUGUUAAAUUACCUAAUUCAGAAAUGUUAUUUUGUACAAGUACAAAUGAAAUUUUUCUUCAAUAUCAUACUUAUAUUUUUCUUCUUACACUUACUGGCAUUUUACCGGUAUUUAUAACAGGUAUAUUUGGAUUUUUAGCUUAUUAUAAUGUACGACAUAUAGCUUAUCGAACAGUACCACUUGUUCGACGUGAAUUAGACAAACAAAUGACAGUUAUGGUUUUAGUACAAGUUGUUUUAAAAUUCUUUACUAUUGUACCAUUUAUUAUUGUCAAUACUCUUGCUUUUAAUACAAGUAUUACGCAAGAUCCAAUUAUUGUUGCUCGAAUACAACUAGCUGGUUCUGUAGUCGUCUGUUUAUAUUAUGCAUUUUUUGCGAGUCCAUUUUAUAUUUAUAUAUGUGUAUCUGAACGAUUUCGUCAACAAUUCAUUCAUGUUAUCUUUAAAAUUUAUAUAAAUCGAUGGUCACGUCAAAAAAUGAAUAAUAAUCAAGUAAUUCCACAAGCAUGA